UCUCAAAUUACGCACACGAAAUUUAGAGCAGAGGCGCACUUUUCCUGGUGACUUACUAAAACAGUAAAGGAACUAUCAUAUUGCGCACUUAUAGAUAGGCCAUUGUGUGUUAAUUUUAUUUAGGUGGUUAUACAUUUAUCUACAGCUUAGAGGAGAGGGCGCGCCACAGGAGCGCUUUUUGGGUAUUCUUUAAAAUAUCAGGCAUAAGCCCAACAUUAUGAAGUGCAGCCAUGGCAGGCAAGGGUAAGACAGCUGCGAGGACGCUGGAGGAUUUAACGCUCGAUUCCGGUUAUGGUGGAGCGGCGGAUUCCUUCAGGUCGUCCAGCGUGUCACUCUGUUGCUCGGACGCGCAUCUGUCGUAUGCGCAUGGGGGCAACUGCUGGCAUCUAACUGAAUCCAUGCACAGCAGACACAACAGUUUGGACACGGUCAACACCGUCCUGGCGGAAGACACGGAGAUCCUGGAGUGCUCGGGCCAGUGCGCCAAACUGCCCGAGCUGGAGGAGGACGUGCCGUGGAGUUUCGGCGAGGUGGAAGGCGCGUUGCGCAAAGACGAGGAGUUGUGCGUGGGGAACGCGUCGCGGGAGAUCCUGGUCAAGCUGUCCGCUUUGGUCAGUCGUGCGCUGGUGAGAGUCGCCAGGGAGGCUCAGCGCUUGAGUCUGCGCUACGCCAGAUGCACCAAGCACGAGAUUCAGAGCGCCAUCAAGAUGGUCCUCUCGUGGACCAUCUCGGUAAACUGCAUCACUGCGGCGCUCAGCGCGCUGUCACUUUACAACAUGAGCACGGGCGAUAAGUUCAGCCGGGGGAAGUCUACCCGAUGCGGACUCGUCUUCUCCGUGGGGAAGUUCUUCAGGUGGAUGGUGGAUAGCCGGGUGGCUCUGCGCAUCCACGAGCAUGCGGCGAUUUACUUGAGCGCCUGUAUGGAGAGCCUCUUCAGAGAGGUGUUCAGCCGGGUGCAGAGGAGCGCGCUGGUCGAGAAGGAGAACGGAGUUCCAAAGUUUACCGUGGAGUCCCUGGAACAGGCCAUUAAUAAUGACUCAGAGCUAUGGGGUCUUUUGCAGCCGUACCAGCACCUCAUUUGUGGCAAGAAUGCAAACGGUGUUUUGAGCCUGCCGGACAGUCUGAACCUGCACCGUGACCAGCAGCGUGCAGGGAAAACUGGAGAGGGUCAUGCCUACAGCCAAGCAGAACUCCGCACCAUUGAACAGUCCCUCCUGGCGACCAGAGUGGGGAGCAUUGCAGAGCUCAGUGACCUGGUGUCUCGUGCCAUGCAUCACCUUCAGCCUCUGCACAUCAAGAACCCCAGCAAUGGAACGCCAGUUCAUCAGAAUCGCACUGGCACAGUGCACUGGGAACCAGAAGCCCUCUACACACUUUGCUACUUCAUGCACUGCCCACAGAUGGAAUGGGAAAACCCUAAUGUAGAACCCUCAAAAAUCACCCUGCAUACUGAGAGGCCAUUCCUGGUACUGCCUCCUCUGAUGGAAUGGAUACGAGUGGCUGUGGCACACACAGAACACCGCCGAAGUUUCUCGGUAGACAGCGACGAUGUGCGACAGGCGGCCAGACUGCUGUUACCCGGGGUGGACUGUGAGCCAAGGCAGCUGAAAGCAGAUGAUUGCUUCAGUGCUACACGGAAACUGGACGCUGCCUCCACAGAAGCAAAAUUCCUGCAGGACCUGGGCUUCCGGAUGCUCAAUUGUGGACGAACUGACCUGGUCAAGCAAGCAGUCAACCUGCUCGGGCCAGAUGGCAUUAACAGUAUGAGUGAACAGGGCAUGACCCCUCUCAUGUACGCCUGUGUCCGUGGGGACGAGGCCAUGGUGCAAAUGCUGCUGGAUGCUGGAGCAGACAUUAACAGCGAGGUGCCCAGCUCACUACACAAGCACCCCUCAGUUUAUCCUGACACCAGGCAGGGGACGCCACUCACAUUCGCCGUGUUACACGGACACGUCCCUGUCGUUCAGCUUCUUCUCGAUGCCCGAGUGAAUGUAGAGGGAGGGAUUCAAGACGGCAUGGAGAAUUACACAGAGACUCCAUUACAGCUGGCAUCUGCGGCAGGUAACUUUGAGCUGGUCAGUCUGCUUUUGGAAAGAGGAGCAGACCCAUUGAUUGGUACCACUUACCGUAAUGGGAUUUCCUCCGGCCCCCUAGGCGAAAUGAACUCAUACAGCUUGGCAGCAGCACACGGACACAGGAAUGUGUUCCGGAAGCUUCUGUCCCAAGUGGAAAAGGACAAGGGGGACGUGCUGUCUCUGGAAGAGAUCCUAGCUGAAGGCUCUGAGCCAGGAGAGAGGAGAGUGCCACACACAGAGGGCACCCUCCGGACAGGCAAGGCCAAACUAAGGGCCCUCCGCGAGGCCAUGUACCACAGUGCCGAGCACGGCCAUGUGGACAUUACCAUAGACAUCCGCAGCUUGGGCGUGCCCUGGACCCUGCACACAUGGCUGGAGUCUCUGCGUACGUGCUUUGUGCAGCAGCGGCGACCACUGAUCCAGGGCCUGCUGAAGGACUUCAACUGCAUUAAAGAAGACGAGUACACAGAGGAACUCAUCACACACGGACUGCCACUCAUGUUCCAGAUCCUCCGUGCCAGCAAGAACGAAGUCAUCAGCCAGCAGUUGUCGGUGAUCUUUACCCAGUGCUACGGGCCUUUCCCAAUCCCCAAACUCACAGAGAUUAAAAAGAAGCAAACAUCUCGUCUGGAUCCACACUUUCUCAAUAAUAAAGAGAUGUCUGAUGUGACAUUUCUGGUGGAAGGAAAACCCUUUUAUGCCCAUAAAGUGCUGCUCUUCACUUCCUCACAAAGGUUUAAGUCUCUGCUUUCUAACAGACCAGCAGCUGAAAACACUUGCAUCGAGAUCAGUCAUGUCAAGUACAACAUUUUUCAGUUGGUAAUGCAGUACCUCUACUGUGGCGGCACUGAGUCACUGCACAUCAGGAACACUGAAAUAAUGGAGCUCCUGUCUGCAGCCAAAUUCUUCCAGCUUGAGGCUCUCCAAAGACACUGUGAAAUAAUCUGCUCCAAGAACAUCACUACCGACACCUGUGUGGACAUAUAUAAACAUGCCAAGUUCCUUGGAGCCUUGGAGCUGGCAGCUUUCAUCGAAGGCUAUUUCCUGAAGAAUAUGGUGCUCCUGAUCGAGCUGGAAGACUUUAAGCAGCUUCUAUACGAGGUUCCUGCAGAGAGCCCUGGUCCAGGGCCAGCUUAUGACGUGCUUCAUGAUCUCGAGAGAACCCUGGCCUUGCGGAUCCGCUCCAUCCAUCUUUCCACCUCCAAGGGCUCCAUUGUCUGACACUUUCACCAUAUUCACGCACAUCACACCAACUCUUACUUACUGUGCUUUCGUUGAGAGCCCCAUUGUUGUGUACAACUAUCUGACAACUGGUUGGAGACAUUUAAAACAUCAGAGCCAACACGAUUAGCACAUGCCUAAUUGGAUGUACUGUAUGUAGGACCUAGAGAUUUCUUUUUAUUCCACAGGCUUACAUCUCCACAACGUUACAGAAACGUCAGCCUGCUGAACUCAUACCAUUCCAAGGGCUACGUUACAGGACAUUCUAUAAACAUCCUAGCAACGUUGUGACACCUGACCAAUUAUGUCAUCACUGCCUCGGUCAUGCAUGUCGAUGGGUCUGUUUCAUUGUUAGGUGGACGCUGUCUAUUGCCAAUGAUUGUCACGCUACCCGCUGUGCACUCAGCUUUACUGUGGGCAUAUGUUUAGCAACACAUGGUAAUAUUACUCUCCGUUCCAAUUUACAGUACAUAAUAUUGUUAGCCUGCCUUCUGAAUACUGAAUUUGUGUAAACUUAUCUCCAAGUGACAAAUUUCUCGAAAUGCUAAGCAAAUGAUGCAUGUUGCUAAAAACAGCCAUUACGUUUGGUAGGUUGCUGCCAUUACGUUUCCUAAGCCAUCUGUGUUGAAGCAGGAGAAAGCUCCUUGUCAAACAUCCUUUAGGUGUAGAGUUCUAAAAUGGAGGUUUUAUAUACUUAAUACUGACAUUCAACUACUAAAAUUUUUGGUAUCUUUGUGAACAAUAAUAUGCCAGCUAUUUAAAUCCAAGCACUUGUGUUUGAUCUAAAUGCUUUGCGAUUUUAAGAAGUAUUGAUUUGCUAACUUCAAACAAAGUGGCACAGGAUACAUAGAGUCUUUUGUACACUGAUCCAACACAAAUUAUCCCAUCAAUAGUAGACUUCAAAAAAAUGUUUUGUUGUUUUAAGCUGAGAUUUUUCAUUACCUCCUCGCCCAAAAUGUUGUGUUCUCAACCAUUGCACUGGUUUUGAGCUAAGUGUCUCCAUUUGUUUCAGCACACAAGUUUUAAUGACCCUCAAAACCACCACUGUGCUUAGUACACUCAGAACUGAGUAGUUCAUCCUUGCCUUGAGGUUGUGUAAUUAAUGAUCUGUGUCAAUAAUCUGCAUGGGUCCUCUCGAACUUUUGAAGAAUACUAAAAUCAGUGCUCUUCAAUACUAAUUUUCCUGUUUUAAGAGCUAUUUUUUCUUUUGUGGAUGCAAAGUUGUUUAGUCUGAUGAAAUUUACUUACAGGACUUUGUCUUUGUUGCUUGCAAGUCUGUCUAAUAGUGUAUGAAAGAUGCCAUUGCACUGGUCACUACCUUUGUGACCCAAUGUACUGUACAUAUUCCCGGUCCUCACCUGCUGCAUUGCUUUUGUUAAAUGUGAAGCCAGCAAAAAAAAAAAAAAAAAAAAAAAAAAAAUUUAAUGUUUCUGCCAAAGUGCAUGUUCCAGUUUUCCUGUGUUUGUCUGUACCCUUCGCGAUGUUGGUAAGUUAGAAACUGUACUGGAAGUAUAGUGUUACCAGCAGAGGAUUUUUGACCAGGCUAAACCCAAAGGAACAGGUUUUCAACUGUCACACGUCAUCCAAAGAAUAUUUGUAGAUGACAUCAUAAAAUAUCUCAACCAAAUAGUUUUCUUGUCCAUUUCAGAAUAUUUAUCAGUACAAACAAGAAGAGAAUAUUUGAUAAUAUCCAUACUUUUAACUAUUUAUAGUAAGGGUAUGCACCUUACCAUAAUGUGCUGGUAGUGCUCUCCAGGAGUCCUGUUUUGAUUAGAGAUGUAUUGUAUGAUUUAUAUUUUAUGUACAGCAGAGCAACGGAGUAACUUUAAUGGUCAUGAACAUCCAACUCCUCAUGUAAAAUGAAAAGGUUGGUUAAUUAUGUUAAAUUUAAAUGCAUAGUUUAUUGAUAUGUAGCUAACUAUGGAAUAACAGUAUCAUGAUGCAAAUAAUUUAAAACUGUGAAGAUACAUUUAUUUUAAAAGACUUAGUAUAGUUACUUUAUUUUCUUACAAAGUACAUUUAUUGUUAAAUCCUUGUCUGCUUUUUUGUGUAUCAGAGGUAAAAAUAAGUCAUAACGUAAUUGUAUAUGUCCUUGCGUUUGCAGAAUGUCAUUGCUUUGACAAACUAAAACAAACAGAGACAAGGAUAAAACAUUUUUAUGUAAUUUUAAAGAUUGGACCUGAUUACUUGCGAUGUCUACAUUUUAACCCUCAAUGAUAUGUGUUCAGAUUGAUGACUGGAUUUUCAAAAGCAAUAUUUGGCACAAAUAUUUCCGUGCUAAUAUGUAUCAUGUAAGGUUUAUGCUUUCUUAUCUGACCUUUAUUAGUCAUGCAUAGGUGUAGCUUUUGACCUCUUUGAAAAUAAUUCACUAUAGGGACAAAUGUAGUGUCAAUAGAUCUGUACACCCCUUCCCAUAAAAAGUGACUUGCUCAGUGUUUCUUGGCUUCAGCUUUUUCUGCUUCGGGCUGUUUUUCAAUCUCCACUAAUGCACAACUUCUGACAUCUCUAUUAGACAAAACCUGCAUGCUUUGGCUGGAUCAGAGUCUAACAGAAUUUGUUUGCUAUUAUUAUUUCACUUGAUUGAAACAUUGUACAAAAGAUAUCUAGAUAAAUAUCUAUAGAACUUGGUGUAAAUAUAAGGGUUGUGGUUGAGUUUAACAAUCAAAACAAGAAUGUUACACUUGUGCUACAGUGCAGUUGUUCAAUGACAUGCAUUUGUGUACAGCCAAUAGAAAUGACCACGACUGACCACUGUGUUGGGUCAUCAUUAAAAUUUCUGUUAUAAGCUGUCAAGUUUUUGAUUGAUUGAUUGAUACCUUAAAUGUUUUGAAUAGAGCGUUUACAUGUAAUUUCAUUGAGAGUGUCAUGAUUAACAUUGUAUACUGCCCUGUACAUGUAAAGAUUUUUUUUGUUUUGUUUUGUAAACUGUCUUUUAUACGCCCAAACAGAGACAUUAUUUAUUAUUCGGAAUCCCCAGGUUGAUGUCAAGAUCAUGGGUGUGAUUUUUUUCAGAUAUGAUUUACCUGGAAUAACAGUAAAGGAGUGAUUGAUCUUGUUAAACGGCACCACUUCUGGAGAAUUUGACAGCAGUGUUAAACCAAUUUUUAAAUCCCCGAACUGAAUAAGCCAUUUUUUGAUUCUUUUGUAGAUUAUAUUAUAUAAUGGAAACGUAUGCCUAUAAUUAUUAAUGACACUUAACCUGUCAAUAUUAGUGGAUGACAGGAAAUGGGACCCCAUUAAGAAUAUAAAUGAUAGAGUAUCGAACCUAUGAAUUAAAGUAUUAAAGUAUAAGAAUUUGAGUAAUACAAUUAAUUUUAAACACCUUUUUAAUCAGUUUAAUCAAUCAUUCUGGGACAUCGAACAGACUUUGAGAAACGAAAGUAAACCGAGAAAUAUUUUUAUUUUAUUUGAUUAUAUUUUAUUUAAAAAUUAAAAUGUAUGUUUUAAUUUUAUUUUACUGUAGUAUUUUUGUAUUAUAAUUAGACCUCCCAGUGAGAGAGUGAGGGUUCCCAAUGAUUGCAGGAUUCAUACCAGCUCCUUGAUUCAUUGUAAGCUUGUAAACAUUUGUAGCAAAGAACUUUAAAUACAAUAUGUUUUAUUGGCCAGAUAAACUUACUCUUACGAAGACUUUUAUGUGGCUCAUUGAGUUCAGUGUAGAGUCAGAUACUGUAUGUGCUUUUAAAAGGAUAAUUCACCCAAAAAUGAAAAUUCAAUCAUUGUUUACUCA